AUGGCGCAAGAAGGCCAGACAUCCAUCAAUAUUCCUCAGAUUAUCGCAGUCGCAGUCGUCGGCUUCCUCGCGUUUCGAUGGUUCAUGAGCAAACCCUCAACACUCGCCGGCGGUUCCUCUUCACGGCGCAACAACACCAUAGACAUCAACAAGAUCGAACAAGUGGCCUCUGUCUUCCCCCAACUAGACCGACGGAGUAUAGCAUGGGACCUGCAGCGCAAUGGCGGAAACGUCGAAGCGACGACGGAGCGGGUAUUAGGCGGUAGAGGUCUGGAGGUACCACCUCCCUCUUUCCAGCCGAAUAUACCUCAAGCCGCAGCACCCGCGACGGCACAGAGCACGGCAACGGAGGGCAGGGGCAAGGCGACAACACAGCAGGAUCUGAUCACGAGGUAUGGAUUGCAGGCGAGGGUUGGAGGGAAAGGAAAAGAGCCUGUGCCCAGUGAUGAGCAGAAGAGAAACACAUGGAGCGCGGACAAGACGUCGAGGGCUGCGGCUUUGAAGAAGCAGAAAGAGGACAUGAUAUUGGCUGCGAGGAGGAAGAUGGCGGAGAAGGAGGCUCAGCUGUAG